AUGUCCCAGAGACAGCGAUGUCCCAGAGACAACAAUGUCCCAGAGACAGCGAUGUCCCAGAGACAGCAAUGUCCCAGAGACAACAAUGUCCCAGAGACAGGCGAUGUCCCAGAGACAGCAAUUUCUGAUCAGGAGCAGCAGCAGGUUGUGCAGAUGCAGUACCAGCAGUACCAUAGACAGGUGAUGCUCUGGCUGGUGGUCUCUGUGCUGUUGCUGGCAGACGAUGGCUUUUCUGAAAAGGACAAUGAGGAGGCGCUGUCAGAACCCCUCCCAGCAAACACACAGCUCACCUGGCCACCUGCUAACAAUGCUGCGCUGCAAGAGCCUGCACCGCAGAGCAACGCCUACGCCCCCUGGCCUGCCGUCUCUGAGUGGUCUGUGCUGGAUGAAGAAAAGGACUGGCAAAGCCGGCAGCGGCGUUCCCCUCCUGACCCUAUUACCUCCCUCAAGACGUCCAGGAGGAAUCGCAAGAAGGCUUCCAGCAGUCGUGACUGCCACAUGGAGAAGAAGGAGAUGCGUGUGCGGGACCUGGGUCUGGGCUUCGACUCAGAUGAAAUAAUCCUCUUUAAGUACUGCGUUGGUACAUGCCACAGUUCCCGUAGGAACUAUGACCUGGCCCUCAAGAGUCUUGUGGACAAUGGUAGCAUCUCUAGCAGGAGGGUCAGUACUUACCCCUGCUGCCGGCCCACCCGCUAUGAGACUGUGUCCUUCAUGGACACCAAGACUAUCUGGAAGACCAUUAAGUGGCUCUCGGCAGCAAACUGCAGCUGUGUGGGCUGA